AUGGCAUUGCCUCUCCCGCCAGGCCUCACGCCUCCCGAAGUCGCAUUCUUAUGUGAGAUGGAGCUGGUCUCCAUCAUUCCGCGCCAACGGCUCGACAGCCUCGACCUCCUAGGCGGCUCCAUCCCAGCGCUCGUUCCUCCUCACAAGACGUCCGUCCCCCUCUGGCUCGCUCUUCUGCUCAAGCGCCAACGUCGCGCCAACAUUGUGCCUCCCCCAUGGCUCGCCCCACCCUGGCUUACCGCCAUCCUCGAAUAUGAGACGGAGCAUCCCGACACGUUUUCUCCGCCUCCAAGACUACCUCCAGCGCCUGGGGAUCACAGUAUCGUGUUUUCGCCUCCUUUCCUCCCUCAGUCGACCGUCGAAGCGGGGCCCGAUGCGCUGCCGUACCACUGGCUAGAAUUGGGAGAGAUGCUGCUCGAAGCCGCGACCGACGACUUCGAGGACGGGGAAAGCGUGCGCAGACUGCUGCAGGGACUACGGGAGGUGCGCAUGGCGAAGCUGCGGAAGCGGACGGAGACUCUGGACGAACCUGGAGGGAUCCGGAUGAAUGGGAUCGGCGGGAUGGAGGUUGCCGAAGGGAGGUCUUUUAUCACGGGGGUCGUUGAUGGGUUGAGGAGGAUUCGGGCGACGUACGAGGAGAAGAGGAGGGAGAGGGGGACGGAGGAUGGGGCAGGAUCCCCUCGGACGGUGGACGAUUAUGAUGACGACGAGAUGGAAACGCAGCUCACGUCUUGA